AUGGUGAGGAUCAAGUCACGCGCACACGUAAGUAAUUCUACACAAGCAUCUUCCCCACUGAGGAGCACCCCAAUGGACGUAUCGCGGUUUCGACACACACAGGCUGUACCGGCACGGCAGGACCAACAGUUCCUAAACCUGACUCCUUCUGCAGCGCGGUGGGAGUGCAGCAACCUUAUCGCCUGUAACGACCGCUUCAUUGCGAUACCGUGGUUGCAACUUGGUAGCACGGCUGUUCUGCGCCACACUGAUUGCGGGAAGUUGGCCUCGAACCCGCCCAUACUUUUGGGCCAGGAGGGGGACAUCAUUGAUGUCGCCUUCAAUCCAUUUGACUCGUCGAAGCUAUUCACAGCGAGCGAGGACGGGACCAUUAUGGGGUGGAACAUCCCCGAAGAGGGUCUGACGCAGAACUGCUCUGACAACAUUGUUCACCUGCAAGGCCACUCCAAGAAGGUGGGUCUACUGAGCUUCCACCCCAGCGCCGCCAACGUGCUGGCUUCCGCGGGUGCUGAUAUGGUAGUAAACGUGUGGGAUGUCCAGAAAGGUGUCGCAAAAGAAGUGGUGAAGUGCCACGCGGAGCAGAUCAGCUCGCUGGAUUGGAAUCUUGAUGGUUCGCUUCUUUGCACCACAUCUAAGGAUAAAAAACUAAACAUUGUGGAUCCGAGAAGCCAAAAAAUUGUCUGCUCCAGCGGCGCUAGUGAGAGCACCAAAACUCAGCGUGCUCUUUGGGCACGACGUGCCGACCUUGUCAUUACAAUUGGAGUAAAUACAAUGCAAAUGCGUCAGGCAAUGGUAUGGGACAUCCGCAAGUUGGCGGCACCAGCGAGCACUGUGGAUGUUGACCAGUCAUGUGCUGUUUCUAUGCCCUUUUUUGACGAAGACACAAGCCUAUUUUAUAUUGGAAGCCGCGGUGAGGGCGGCAUUCGCUCUUUCGAAUUGAGAAACAGUCGGCUCAUUAACUGUUCUUCGUACUCCUCAUCGGAGAUUCAUCGGGGGCUUUGCAUGGUUCCCAAGUGGAUGUUGGACACACACAAAUGCGAGAUCGCCCGCUUUUAUGCCCUUACACAGAAGUCAAUGUACAACGUUCAGAUGCUGUUACCACGCAAAACUGCAGAUGAGGAGCUUCAAACUGACGUGUAUCCUCCCACCUUUGCAAAUGAACCCGCUAUUACCGCUGAUGAGUACUUUAGUGGUGUGAACAAGGAACCUCUUGUCAUGAGCAUGCAGGCUGUUUUUGAUGGUAAAAGUCUUGAGGCGACAAAAGCUGCUGAGACUAAGCGCCGGGGAGUACCUCGCCCUUCAGAGGUGGAGUCGGAUGAUGACGACUCCUCCGCAGACGAGGCGGUGACAUCAUCCCGGCAGAAACACGCGGACCCCAACGCUGUGCGGGGUCCCGCCCAUUCCGAAGGUAUCAGCAGCCAGACAUCAUCGCAGUUGUUAGCUCUUGCCUCGCUAUUGGGGCAGCAACAGGCGGAGGUGCAGCGUUGUCGUGAGGACCUUCAGAAGAAGGAGAGCCUUGUCAUGGAGACAAUCGCAAAGAUAAAGGCCCUUGCCUCUGGUAGUCAAGCGUAA